ACGACUUUGCGUCGAUAACAUUUUGUAAAACGUUCUAUAAAUAAUGCUUUCGUGUUUUUGUGUUCCUCAAUACCACGGAAGAAGGAAUCUUUCAAAGUGACAAGAUAUUGUAAAACAAGACGGAUUGUUGCUAUGAGAUAAAACAAAUGACACUUUAAAUUAUAUUCUGUGACAGAAGAUUAUAAAACAUAUUGCAUCCCUGUCGUAUGCAGAAUCAGCAGAUCCUUCAUCAUGGGUGGGCAAGACUCGCCCGGGCAAAACUCGCCCGGAGACAGAGCCAUUUGUGUCUCCGAUGAGCAGGAAUAAGAUUUUGAAGAAUGUGGCCGUACUCAGCAUAGGAUUUGUCUUCCUGUUCACAGCUUUCUUCUGUAUAUCAAAUCUGCAGUCGAGUCUGAACAAGGAGGAAGGAGUCGGAUCCGGUUCCGUUGCCAUCAUCUACGCCUCUCUCAUCACGUCGUGUAUGUUCUUGGCGCCCAUCAUGAUAGCCAAGCUUGGCUGCAAGUGGACCAUCCCGAUAUCCAUGGUAGGGUAUGCCCUGUAUAACGCGGCCAAUUUCUACGCGAUCUGGGAGCUUAUGGGUCCAGCGGCUGUGUCCAUUGGUCUUGGCGCUGCCUCGGUGUGGUCUGCCAAAUGCACGUACCUCACACAGAUAGGUGUGUGGUACUCCAAAAUGACGGGGAUAUCCGAAGACGCCAUCAUCAAUCUGUUUUUCGGAAUCUUCUUUGGAUUGUUGCAGACUAGUCAAAUAUGGGGAAACCUUAUUUCAUCUGAAGUAUUCAGCCAACGUCCAGAAAAUUCUACCAGUUUUCCUAACAAGUCACACAAAGAGCUAGCGCUGUGUGGUGCCAACUAUUGUCCUCAGAAAGGCAACGAGGCUCUAAGACCUUCUGAUGAAAAGGUCUAUAUCGUCUGCGGCAUCACUACUGGAUUAUCCGUUUUUGCCAUUAUUUUCGUUAGUGUCUUUCUGGAUAAGAUUGUCCUUGACAAACAGCAAGCUUCAAGCAGGAAAAUUUCCUUUCGUCUGUUGAUUGCCACUUUCAGCCAUCUCUUCAAGAGUCAUGUUCAAAAGCUUCUGGUUCCACUGACUAUUUACAGUGGCGUAGAACAAGGAUUAAUUUGGGGAACCUUUACGCGAGCGUAUGUGACCUGCUCUCUCGGCAUCUGGAACAUCGGAUACGUGAUGAUCGUUUACGGAAUCACGGACGCCAUCUGUUCCUUCAGCUUUGGACGGCUUGUGCAGUAUGUGGGACACAUUCCUUUCUUUGUUCUCGCUUUCGUCGUGCAUGGUGGAUGUCUAUUUACAUUUCGAUUGUGGGGUCCAACCCCCGACCAGUUGAUGGUGUUUUACGUCCUAGCAGCGAUAUGGGGGAUGGGUGAUGCUGUUAUCCAAACACAGAUUAACGCACUUUAUGGAUGUCUGUUUACGGAAAACACCGAAGCAGCUUUCGCCAACUAUCGUCUUUGGGAGUCGUUUGGUUUUAUGCUGACGUACGCCUACAACGACUUUCUCUGUGCAGACGUAAAACUCUACAUCUGUGGUGGUUUUCUCGUCGUGGGAAUGGCGUGUUACAGCGUCGUGGAGAUCACGGAGAGACGACGGGUAGUCACUCGGAACUCUUCCGUCAAUGCUGCUAAUCAAACCUCGGACGCAGAACAGACGACAAUAUGUUAACAUCUUGGCGAUAUGUUAACAUCUGAUUGCAGAUGAAUAUCAUUGCAUCACAAUUUGUGUGAAAUAUAUAGAGGAUAUUUUAUGUUUUUUUUGUCAAAUAUGCUUGCGCGACGAGUGUGAUAUGAUUGCAAACUUCACGAGAUGAGAUAUAAUUCAUAUUUGACAAAAAACAUGAAAUUUUCCAUUUAUUAUAUAACUUUUGGCAAUUUACCUUUAUUUUUAAAAUGGCAGCAGCAAAAUAGUUCCGGGUUUCUUGCAGUGAAUAUAAACUUUCUACAAUGACGAUAACACAUUUUAGAGUGAAAUAGUGAAAUUUUCACUCUAAAAUGUGUUAUCAUCACCGAGUGACUGAUAACACUUUUAUUUCACUGAUAUUUUAAGAUAUUUCACUAAAUGUUAUAUAAUAAAAUAUUCUACGCUCCAAACUAUAUGAAUAUUUUACUUUACAUAAUAACACAUUUAAAAUUAUGUCUACAUGCAUUUUAUUAUGCACAACCAGGAUUCUGCUUGUGCUGGUGCAGUUUGUAGACUUGUUUAUGAUCAUACAUGUAUUAACCAAUAAUUAGUUCAGAGAAAGCAGCAUCAGAAGCUGUGAUACAAGUGAUCAGAUGCUGCUGUGAUGUCAGCAAAUACCCAGGUUGAUGCAGGCCUGUAAUUUAGUGUAAGCGCAUGUCAAGAUGGCAAGACGUCUUUAGAUGAGCUCCAGCUGAAUUUUGUGAUUUAACUAUGCUUGUCUCACUUUGAUCAUUAUUACUUCGCAUAUAAACAACCGAGGUUUGUGUUUAGUAUUGUUUAUUCCAAAAACUGUGAAUUAUGAGCCAUAAUCAGAAUCAUGGUGGAUGUAUGCAUAGUGCAACGUUUGACAACGGACAUCCAUAUACACCCAAUAUGGCGACCGAGAUGCAGCAUGGGGAAGCAGAGUUCAGAUACAUGAUGAACACUCCACAGCCAGGCCAAGCUCAGUAACAGUCAGUGAAUACCGAUAGUCAUAGCGUUAUGUCUCCGCCCGCAUGGGCCAAAAGUUUGAUGGAAAGGCUAGUAAAUAUUGAACAACAGACUGUCAAGCUAGCGUGUUUGCCAGCAACAGAAAACAAGUUGUCCAAUAUUGAAAACAAUGUCAGUAGACUUACAAAUGAACUGAAAGCAACAUGUGAAAGAGUCGGUGUGUUAGAAAAUAGUCAGUUUCUUAGUGAUGCUUACGAUACAUCAAAAAAGGAACGCGAGAGCAUUAGGCAAGCGGUGAAAUCUUCUGAACAAAAGACCGCCCGAGAAAUUAACGACAUAAAUGCAAGGCUGGAGAUUCUGCGCGUAAAUUCAGAUAAAUUAAGCAGUGAAAAAGUUGAAUUACAAGAGACCGUGUAUGAUCUACAAACACGGUCCACGAGGAACAAUUUAUUGUUUACUAGACUCAAAGAAAAUGAUAAAGAAAAUACUGAGGACAUUUUGUACAACUUUUAGAAAAGGAACUGAAUUUUGACACUUCACAACUUUAUUUCGAUAGAGUACACAGAUUAGGGAAAUUGAAAAAAGACCGUGACGGUAAAACACUCAACUCCAAACCGAGACAAAUUGUAGCCCGAUUUGAGCGCUACUACGACAAGGAAACCGUCCGCCGGAAGUCGUACAUGUUAAAAGGAAGACCCUAUGGAAUAAUGAAGCCGUAUCCCCAUCAGAUCGUCGAGAGGUCUAGGCAAUUGUACCCACUGUUUAGGGAGGCCAAACAAAACCACCAACAGAUUUCGUUUAUUGCUGACAAGUUGUUUAUAGACGGCAAGCGAAUAUAUCCAAAGGAGAAGCCGACUGAACCAGCGAACCCUACGAGACAAACUCGCAACAGAAGCGGUACAUCAUCUCCCGAAGCACCAAGCAAGCGAACAUGUCACGAACGCCAAGCGCCAACUUCUAGCUAUUCAUCUUCUACUGAAUAGGGGUACGAUGGGGGUACAGAGUGUUUAGCCUUGAUGGGUAUGAGUGUAAAGCGUUCCCCGUUAAGAAAAGAAAAUAUUCCCAAGGUGGUGGCAUUUUUAUUAUGUACAAAACAAAACUCAUACCUUAUGUUUCAAUAAUUGAAAAUUGUUUAGAUAGCAUUAUUUGGAUCAAAUUAGAUAAAACAUUGAAUAAGUUCAACCAGGAUAUCUUUAUAGCUGCUGUUUAUAUAGCGCCUCAAAAAUCUUCCUAUUACAAAUUAUAUUACUGUGAUCUGUUUAUAGAAUUACAAAAAUCAAUUGAGUAUUAUUCUAUGAUUGGGGAUGUGUUUUUAUUUGGAGAUUUUAAUAGUAGAACUGCAUCUAGAGAUGAGUUUAUUAAAUUUGAUGAGCCUCAUGUUAGAUUACUUCAUCAUAUAAACGAUCUAAUUAAUUAUUCUAAUGACGAGGAGUUAUCACCACGAAUGAACCCUGAUGGAGGGCAAAAUAAUUAUGGGUGUAAACUUUUGAAUUUAUGUAAAGCUACUGGAUUGCGUAUUGUUAAUGGUAGACACUCUAGCGGUUUUGCUAAUGAGUUUACGUUUCAAUGGUCAACAGGGUUUAAGUGUUGUAGACUACUUAUUAUCUACUAGUAAUAGGUUUUCUAUGUUAGAGAAAUUUAUUGUAUGUAACUUUAAUCAGUAUUCUGACCACGCAUCAUUGCAUGUGACGUUUGCUUUGAAAAAUAUAGUAAUGCUUAAUUCAAAUGUUACCUCAGUUGCUGUAGAUACCGAAAUGAGUAAACUUAGUAAAUCUAGAUGGUUUGGUGAACAUAAACAGGUAUGCUUGGAAGCAAUUAGAGUUAAUAUUGAUUUAUUGAAUGCAUGUGUUAUAAAUGUGGAGACAGGUUCUCAGCGAGAUAUAGAUAAAAUGGUUAAUGAUUUUACUGAUAUACUUCAUGAUAUAAAGGAUCCUUUUUUUAUAUGUGAUAAGACACGUAAUUAUAUGCCCAAGGUGGACAAUAUAAAAACUAAAACUACUGAUAAACCAUGGUUCAAUAAAGAGUGUAGGUGUUUAUACAACCAAUACUUAGAGGCAUUACGUAUUUUUAACUCUAGAAAAUCUCGUGAAUAUAAUGAUAACUUGCAUAUCUGUAAAAAUGCUUAUAAAAGAUUAGAAAGACGUCUUAAAAGAAAAUAUCAGAGUUGGCAGGGAAAUCAGCUAGAAUAUUUGAGAAUACAUAAUCCUAAAGAAUUUUAUCGUAAUUUCUCCAAAUCCAAACGGCAAAAGUCUAACGUACCUUUAUGUGAAUUUUUUGAUCAUUUUAAAGAAGUAGUUGAAACAGAGUCUAACACUUCAGGAAAGCAGGCUGAAUCAGAUGAGGACUUUAUAAAUUAUGAAAGUUUGUAUGAACAGCUAGAUUGCGAAAUAACUGAUGAUGAAAUAAUAUUGGCGAUAAAAAAUUUGAAACGUGAUAAAAGUGCUGGUUACGAUGCUAUUUUAAAUGAAUUUCUCAUUGAAUUCAAAGAGCCUUUAAUCCCUAUCAUUAAAACAAUAUUUAAUAUAAUUUUAAAUUCGGGUAGAUUCCCUGCUUCCUGGGGUGUCGCUGUCAUUGUUCCAGUUUUUAAGAAAGGUGACACGUCUGACCCAAACAAUUACAGAGGCAUUAGCUUACUAAGUGCUCUAGGAAAACUAUUUACUUCUAUACUCAAUAAGAGAUUGUUAGAUUGGUCGGAUGAGUUUGGCUUUCGUAGAGGAAUGGGGACAACAGAUGCCAUUUUCUCAUUAUACGCUAUCAUUUCAAGAACGCUUGCAAGAAAGAACAGGCUCUAUUGCUGUUUCAUUGACUAUAAAAAAGCAUUUGAUUCUGUAAAUAGAAUAAACUUGUGGGUUAAGCUUUCUAAAAUUGGUAUUAGAGGCAAGCUUCUUCAGGUUAUUAAAAGUAUGUAUACAUCUGUAAAAUCAUGUGUUACGAUAAGUGGAUUUCGUUCUGAAUUUUUUAAUAAUGAUGUCGGUUUAAUGCAGGGAGAAAUUAUUGUAUUCUUUCUAUAUUAAUGAUCUAGAAAAUGAAUUUAUUUGUAGUUCAUGUUCUGAUUAUGAGUUAAAGGAGGAUUUAAGCCUUUUUCUAUUAUUAUAUGCUGAUGAUAUGGUUAUUUUUGCUAAAAGCGUUGAAGGUCUCCAAACAAUGUUAAAUACGUUACACCAAUAUAAUACAAAAUGGAGUCUCUGUCUCAAUAUUGUAAAAACUAAGAUUGUAGUGUUUAGAAACGGUGGUACUAUAAAAGAUUAUGAGAGGUGGUAUUACAAUGGUGUUUUGCUUGAUAAUGUAGAUCAGUUCACUUAUUUAGGUUUAACUUUUAAUUAUAAAAUCACUACAGACCAAGGUCGAAAAGCUAUGUAUGCACUUAAAAGAAAUACUAAACAUCUACUGUUGAAUUUAAUGACGUCUUUAUCCUUAUUUAAUACGUACAUUUCAAGUAUUUUGUAUUACUGUUGUGAAAUAUGGGGAUACUAUAAAGCUAACUCAAUAGAAAAGUUACAUUUAGAUUUUUGUAAGGAUAUUUUAAAAGCUAAAGGCUCCACAAAUAAUAUUAUGGUAUAUUUUGAACUAGGUAUUUAUCCACUGUCCUAUGUACGCAACUAUCGUAUGCUAAAAUAUUGGUUCAAAUUACUUAAAACAAAUAACUGUAUAUUGCAUGCUGCUUAUGAUGAACUGAGGUCUAAGUGUGAAAAGGAUAAUAAUUGGGCAACUCAUAUAAAACAACUAUUGUGCUCCCUAGGAUUUUACGAUUUGUGGUUAAACCAGGAUUCACUGGCAAAUGCUAAGUUUUAUUUACUUGUAUUAUGGCAGAGAAUUAUAGAUCAGUGCAAGCAAAAUCUAACAGGCAUAUUACAAACGUCGACUAAAUACUCUUAUCUUUAUAAAUUCUUAGUAAAGGAUAUGAUUUUACAGAACUAUCUUAAGAAAUCUAUUCCAGAUUUGUAUAAAAGGUGCAUCACAAAAAUUCGUUUAUCUUCACAUAGGUUAGCUAUUGAAGUUGGACGUUAUAAUAAUAUUGAUAGAAUUAACAGAGUCUGCGUAUUUUGUCAACUGGGGGAGAUUGAAGAUGAGUUUCAUUGUAUAUUAUGCUGUCCAUAUUUUAACGAUUUAAGAGUUUUAUAUAUUAAAAAAAAUAUUAUAGGAUGCGUCCAUCAAUGUUCAAAUUAAUACAGUUACUAAGUACAAAUAAUAUUAAAGAUUUGUGUAAUUUAGGUAAAUAUCUAUGGAAAGUAUUCAAAAAACGUGAAGCAUAUUUUAUUGUUACUUAGAGACAAAGUCGAAUUACACUUAUUCUAUUAUAUUCUCCUUUGAUUGAUUGUAAUAAUGCUAUGUUUAUAUUGUUAUUCUUAUUUUACACCUUUCAUUCGUCUUUCCUUAACAUGUUAUUUGUAAUUACAACUGAUGAGCAGUUACUGCUCAAAGUUUGAAUAAAGAAUUGAAUUGAAUUGAGUGGGGUCGAUGCAAUCAGAGCACCGUUACGUCAUCCCCAGGAAAUGAUAAGCUGUGUGAUCAAACUGAUAUUAAAUUAAUGUUUUUAAAUGUUUGUGGGUUGAAAUCCAAAUUACUUAUACCCGAGUUUCAAGUGUUUUUGAAUAAAUAUGAUAUUUUGUGUUUUUGUGAAACAAAAACAAGUGAUAUUGAUUUUAUAGACAUACCAGGCUAUAAAUAUGUAAUGAAUAAUAGAUACGGUUACUCAUUAAGAAAUUCAGGUGGGAUUGGUGUAGCUGUGAAAAUAAAAUAUGUUAAUUGUGUUGACUUUGAUAUAUGUAGCACAUCUGAUUACAUUUUAUGGUUUCGAGUACAUAUGGGUAACAACAAUUCUAGUUUGUUAGUAGGAACUGUUUAUAUCCCACCAGAAGGACCACCAUACAAUACUGUAGGCACAUUUCAAACAAUACAUUGUGAAAUAACCGAUAAACUGCUGUUAAACAAAUCUGUACUCCUUGUUGUCCCCACUGACAGAAAUUUAACCUGCUUUGUUGAAAUUAAUAACUUGUUUUCAAAUUGUUUAGAUGAUGAUGACGAUUUAUUGCACUGCUUAAAUAUAUCACUUGAAAGAUACAACAAAGAUAAAGGAAAGCCGAAUAACAAUGGUUAUAAAUUAAUUGAAAUUUGCCAGAUGAAUAAUUUGUAUUUUAUAAAUGAUCGAGUUGGUGAAGAUAGAUGUAUUGGCAAAGUAACUUGUAAAGGAGUUAGUUCAGUUGAAUAUGCAAUAAGUACACGGUGUGCUUUUAGAUAUGUACAAAGUUUUAAAGUUUGUGAUUUCGAUCCAUUAUAUUCCAACAUUCAUUGUCCAAUUGAUCUGACCUUAAGCCAUGUCUCUCAUGACUUGCCAGUAUAUAGUAAUAAUUAUAGUUUGAAAACAGAGCCAUGUAGAUGGAAGAAAUCAUUACAGAAUAAUUUUGUUGAAAUUAUUAACCAAAACAAGGUCAACAGUAUCAUGCACGAUAUGGUGAAUAGUACUCAAAGUCCAAAUGUCAAUAUUCCUACAUAGCCGACUCCGUUUGGGUACCAGUGAUUUGAAUGGUCAUAGAUUUGUACAUGUGACAGAUACCCCUUCUUGUAUUUGUGGCCAUCCAGUUGAAGGUGCAGAACAUUUUCUAUGUUUUUGCCCAAUAUAUGUUGCAGCUCGCAAUACCCAUUUACUGAACUAUUAUAAUCUCAAGUGUCAUACUUUGCUAUUUGGAGAUUUAAAUAUAUUUAAAUCUGUUCAGAAUUUUCUUAUUAAUAGUAAGCGUUUCGAGAUCAUUUAACCAUUUAACCAUUCUAAUUGUUUGCUAUUUAUUCUUUGUUUCUUCUACACACUCCUCUCUUCUAUUCCCCCAACUAUCCGUGUUAUCUUUAUUGUAAUAUUGUUCUAGCCAUCUUGAUGUAUAGCAUGUAUAUUUGUUAAAUGUAGAGAGAGGCCUUAAUAUAGGCACUUUCCUGUUUGCCAAUCCCAAAUUUGAUUUGCUAAUAAAUAUUGUUUAAACCAAA